CACAACAGCUGCCGGGGAUCAGGUAGCCUUUGAUUUCUGGUCUAUAUAAGCACGGGCUAGAUUGCAAAACAGCAUCAUUCGUUCACCAGAGUUACCAAGAUGAGCAUCAGCACUUUCAACUUUCAAUUCUACAACUACAAGCUCCAGUCCGGUUCACCGAGUCUGGCCACUAGUUCUGGAUUUGGAUCCGCCUCCCGUUCCAUAAACUCCACUUCCUUCAUCAGCGAACUGGAAAUGGACAUUGACGAGGAGAUGACUCCCUCGCCGGCGAUUACAUCAACGCCCAAACCACGUUUCACGACCGAACUGGCUCUGGAGUUGUCCAAAUCCGAGCCUACAGAGCCGCCAGCACUGCGACCCAAAUUGCACACGGCCCAGAAGCGCUGGUCCAUGGAACUGAGGGAAAAAGUGCUGGAAAUGUCCAAACGAAACAACGCAUCCGAUGGCGAGGAGAAGCCACAAACCACAGUGGGUCAGGAGCAGCCCCUACAGCAGCAGCCCCAGCAGGGACAGGAAAAUGAUGCCAACACACCCACUGUCAGCGACAAAAUCAACUUCUUCAACAAGCUGACCAACACCUUUCAGUCGAAUAACAAGUUCCUAGCUCCCGGCAAUAGCCAAACCAAUCGCUUCAUAUCGCUCCUGCGCUCCAGUCGCCCCCAAGCACUUGCCACCUGCAACAGCAACAACACCAGCAACCACAGCCUGAACGGCAGCACCGUCAGCGGCGGUAGCGCUGCUCACCAAGUGCCCCCACCCAAACCCAAACGCCUCGGGGCUGCAGGGGCCAGUACCCAAUCCCCUAUCAGCUCGUACCAAUUUGCUACGCCCAUGGGCGUCGGCAAGGGAGGCAGUCAGCGCAAGUGCUCGCUGCGCCGCAAGCCUUCGAUGGACAAAUCGCGAGCCACGAUUUCACGGCAGAAUUCAAGUGCCACCGUGCGGCCCCAGCACCACGCCAUCAUGGAGGACCUGAGUCUGGUGGUACCGGUUCGAAUGCGGAUUGCCGAGUACGAGCAGCGCAUCUCAAUGAGUGCCUGAGGAGGAUCAAGGAUACUGGACACCCGCCAUGCGGCGCUCAGAGUGCAAAGCGCAACUUCCCAAGGAUAAAUCUAAAAGUUAGUUUUUGUAUUUAGGAUAAGCUUUUAAAGAUCAAAUAAAAACAAAGAAAAAAAAAAGAA